CAUUGGUCAAGUGUCACUGAGAAAUGUCAACUUUGUGAUUAGAUAAGUUGUAUUUAUUUUACUAAAAAUAUCGUAUAAUUUAGUUAAACGCCUAAUGGCAGCAGAGCUAAGGCAACUGGUGAAACGCCUAACAUAUUUUAAUUAUAUAACUGUACGCAAUAUCAGAACAAGUACCAUCAACAUGGAAAAAGCGUUGGAGAAUUUGAAAACCAACCCGUACUACGAAAAAUAUGCAAACCGUAUCGCUGAGCUGCAGAAAACAUCACCUGACGAGUUUAUGCAGAGAGUAGAAAACCAGCAACACCUCAAACAAUCAGAAAAAAAGUCAAAAUUCGGAUCUGUAGAUACGAGGUUUAUAAAUGAUUGCAGACAAUUUUCGUCUGUACUAAACCCGAAAGAAGGCCGUGGACAAGAAGCCGAAGUGCCUGACAAGAAACUCUCGGAUAUAUUCAAACUAGAUUUGGUUGAAGACAAAUCAGCAGAAGAAAUACAAGCUAUAUGGGAGGAGUACCAUAAAAACAAACAUGUUAUAUCAGCCACUAUACCGCUGCAGGCGUAUAAAAGCCUCCAAGACAAGAUGAAAGAGUUCCCAGUGUUCCUGUUUCCUUUGCCACGUUCUCAGGGCUACGAAUUCAUUAUGUGCCAGAGCUACGGCCACACUGUGCACUUUACACCUUUGCUAGCAUAUCAAGUUCACAAAGAGAAUGCACCAGAGUGCCUCACCAUGGUGCACUACACUGAGCUAGCUGACAAGGGCAUUGUGCUUAUGAGAGGAGAGUAUGACAAGAAUGUCCUUAACGGCCAAGAGUCCCAGUGCUUAGCAAACCAGUUCCAAAUGUAUUAUGGUGGUAAAGAUGAAGAGAAAACCAAACUCCUGGAACUGUUUACCACCAGCCCCGACAACUUCAAGCAUAUGGAUUUGAUCUCACAAUUAGAAAACAUUACCUUGACAUAAGAUGUAAAUAAUAAAUCAUGGUGUAGAUAUUGUCA